AAACACGCUCUUGAAUGUUCUGAGGAACGGAACGCCUCGAAAGCUCCCUGAAGCUACAUCGGCCAGUGACUACUCACAAUUAAUUUACCCUUGAGGUGGUUCUGGAGGUAGAAUGGUGCUGUACCUUACUAGAAACAGUAUCCAGACAUUCUGGUUUAUUUCUGGAAAAUAUUAAUUAAUGUUAUUCGAAGUACUCGAGGUGUUCGAAACGAACAGCGGAAGAGGAGAAACUAUGGACACGGAAAAGGAGGAGCCAUGGGCACGGCAAUGGCGCCAAAUUCGAAAGCGACGGAGGGUUACGCUGGUGGAGGCUACUGGUUGGAAGAUGGAAUCUUCAGCUCGCGUCUUCGGAAAGCUCCGCAACCUGGCGCUUCUCCUGGAGACUGAAACGGCCGAACUUCAUCGAGCUCAUAAGAACCCCGACCACGAAGGCACCAAGGGGACAGUGAAGGUUCUGCACGAACUACACACCGAAGUCAGGGACUUGAAGGUCCAGGUCCGUGACCAGCUGGCAUGUUGCAGAGUGGAGGACCGCGAGUUGCGGUCCUUCAUGCAGGCGUGCAUGGUUCUGAAGCAGCGAACCACGGAGGACCUCCGGCUGCUGAGGAGGCACUAUGAGAAAUAUGGGUACAAAGCGCCCUCUGAAGUGAAAGGUCACAAGGAUGAUCAAAAGGCCGAGAAGACUCAAGCAAGCAAAGAUGGUGAAGAGGAGGAGCAAGAAGUAGAGGAAGAGAAAGAGCAACAUUUAGCAGUGGACGGAGAGACAGUGGCAGCCCCCGUUUGCAUGACCCCUGCCAAGCCGGCUCCCCGCACGGCUGACCCUAUGCGCACUCCCCGCCUUUCUGACUUUGGCCUUUCUGGGUUUCAUCUGCUUGCGCCACUGGGUGAACCGGCACCACCUCCUGUGGCAUAUGCUCCCCCUAUGGCCGAGCCCCCUGCUCUCUCCUCCCUGCCCAGGGUACCCAAGACCCCAAAGUGUACUCUGAAGAUGGACGAGGAGGCCCUCACACCCCGACUGGAGGACUUUGGCAUCUCAGAGCACACCAUGUGCCUUAAUAAUGACUUCACCAUGGAUCUGCUGCGGAAGAAACCCUCCCGGCUCCACAGUGAUGCAGUGGCAUCUGUGGAUCUGGAUCCUGUACCUGCUACUGUACUUGCUCCUGUACCUGCUCCUGUACCUGCUCCAGAACUGGACAGUUACCUUCUCUCACCUAUGCCAGCUUCAGUGACCAGUGACUUGGAGGCCAAUGAUGUGGCUUCCCCUCAGCCUCCAGUUCUCUGUACCCCCGGGUUAAAGAUCACAAAAAAGAAGUCGCAUGCUGCUUCUCUAUUGGAUGGGGACAGCACCCAGCUGCCAGAUCUGCAUCUGACGCCAGAACCCCCUGCAUUUGAGACCCCCUAUGUUAAGAAGCUUGUCAGAGAUGAAGAGGCCCGUCCCAGCAAAGUAUUCUCCAGCAGAAGUCUCGUUCAUCAGCCUGACAUCCCCAGCAUUCCAUUCAGAGCUGCACCAAAGGAUGAGAAUACACCUGAAAUGCCAACCUUAGAGUCCUUUCUAAGCUCUUGCCCUCGUAGAGUUGAUGGGGCUGCACCACUUGUGACCAACAAGGCGUCUGGGAGCUCAUUCGGCCUGAAGGAGCCCUUGUUGCCUGACCUGGGAGCUAAUCGGGAGCUGCAGGACUAUGAAAGGACCUUAUUAUCCCCUCCAGGCCAGAGCCGCCUCGUUCCACAUCCAAAGACCCCUGAUAUGCCGGACAUCAGCUCCUUUACACAGGACAUCUUUAAACUCAUAUCUCAGGAUAACAUCACGUCCACUAGUGCAAUUCCAGCUACUCCCAAAACCACAGCCCUACAGUCAGCCACACUGAGCGGAAAAGAGAACCGAGUGCAGGCUCUCAAUCUGGUGUUGGAGGAGGAAUUCUGUGGGCUUCCAGGAUACCUGAGACAGAUGCCCCUGUCAAGCCUCAACCAGGCCAUUAGGAAGAUUAACACUGCUCUGGAGGGGCGUCAGUGGGAAGUCACAUGUCCGUGGGCCCUUCAGCAAGGCCCUUAACCCCCAGCUCCAGGGGAGCCACAUGUUAGCCGACCCCCAAGCUAUGGAGACCAAGACUGGGUUGGCAAAGUGAAGCAUUCCAGAUAAAGGCAGAUAAAGCAUGUUUUUGUUUUGAAUUGUCAGAUAUACACUAAUCAGCUGUGAGAUGGUCCUUCCUGGAAGUAAAAUGACUAAUGUUUGACUCUAACU